AUGUCAAACGACGCAACUUCCUCCUUCACCAGCAUCGCCGAGCUAAAGUCACAGCUCCAAGCCAAAGAAGCCGUCGUCGGAACCUACAUCGACCGCCCUCCUCAGACACCUGAACAAGAGGACGCGAAGAAAGACCUCGAGAAAGAAAUCGACGACAUCCGUCGCAGAGUCUGCGACCUCGCCUUCGAGAUCAAGCCGGAAGUGAAGCAAGAAUUCACUCCAACUGACGCCAAUGCCAUUCAAGUCCAAAUCCAUGGACAGGUGCUCGCUACUCAUCUCAGCCAGCUUGGCCGUUUCAAUGGUACAAGCAACGAAGCCACCACCAGCUUCCUCAACAAGAUCAAAUCCUUGUGGGCCGCCUGCCCCGCUCUGGAUUAUGCGACCAUCUUCGGCUCAGUCCGGCCACUGCUCUCCCAAAACGUAAUCAAAACCAUCGACGCCCAAGGUGUCAACAGUUUCGCCGAAUUGAAGAGUGUCUUGCAAUCUAACUACGGGAGCAUGACCAACUCCUAUCGAAAAUUGAAAAGUUGGAUCACCCGUGGCAAACGCUACAACGCCAGCUACAUGAGCUUCUACUCAACCAUGGCCUCCCAGCUGGAGCCCAUCAUUACAGCCUUCUCGGACGAGCUCAAGCAAUCGAAACGCGUCGCUGGAAUUCCGAACUAUGAACCGUCCUUUUUGGACGCAGGUGAAUCAUCCGACCUUUACUCGGUCAUCGUCGCCGAAUUACGAGGAUUCAAAAAAGCCGAGCAAAUUGCCUCUCGAGCUGAAUCUCUCAGCUGCCAGAAAGCUUUCAGCUCUGCCAACAGAGCGAAUCAACAAGGCAAGAAAAACAAUUGCGGAAACAGGAGCAACAACUCCUCCAACAAAUCUUCUCGACAAGGAAGCCCCGCCAACAAGAGCGAUGACGAUCGCCGAAAUAAGAAAAACCCUCAGCAGCAGGGUCAUCAAUCUAACCAACGCCGACAAGACAACAACGGCCGCAACCAGGGCCGCCAAGACAACAACGGCCGUAACCAAGGCCGCCACGACAACAAUGGUCGCCGCCACGGUAACUCCAACAACCAGAACUCCAACGGGCGCGGCAACAACGACAAGCGCAAUAGUUCGAAUAAGGACAACGCCAGCCGCCCCGAUGUCAAGCAGUCCUGGGCCAAGUACAACAGCGUCAACUCUACCUUCUACCCUGAAUAG